AUGCGGAGUGCCACCAAGCCCUGGAGCCCAGCCAUCAGAGCUGGGGGCCACGGAACCGACCGCACGCGACCCCUCCUUGCUUCUGCUUCCGGCAUGAAGAGUUCCAAGUCUUCAACCUCCUUGGCUUUUGAGUCCCGACUCAGCAAGCUCAAGAGAGCUAGUAGUGAGGACAUGCUCACCAAACCAGGAAGCGCCACCACAUCAGGAGUUGUUCGACUGAAAAAGACCAUGACAUCAGGAGCCAUCACGGAGCUGACUGAGAGCCGCUUACGGAGCAACCCAGGGACAGCUGCCACAACCAAACGGACAGGCAUCCCAGCUCCACGGGAACUUUCAGUAGCCAUCCCAAGAGAGAGAUCUGUGCCACGUGGCCCAUCCAACCCCAGAAAAUCAGUAUCCAGUCCAACUUCUUCCAGCACGCCUACCCCAACGAAACAGCCGAGGACCAUCUCAGCAAAAGCCAAACAAGAGAAUGAGGGUGCAGAGAAAGCGGUGCUUGAGUCUCACAUUAGGGAACUUCUGGCCGAAGCCAAAGCAAAGGACAGCGAAAUUAAUAGGCUUCGAAGCGAGCUAAAGAAAUGCAAAGAAAAGAGAGCUUUGAACACUGACGGACCUGGGGCUUUGGACCCAAGUGUAAAUGGACCCAUCCCAUCAGGUGACACGGAGCCUUUGAUCAAAGCUCUAGAGGAGAAGAACAAGAAUUUUCAGAAAGAACUUGCUGAUCUAGAGGAAGAAAACCGGUCCUUGAAGGAAAAACUCAGUUACCUUGAGUGUUCACCAAGCUCAGACGAAACAGCAAGUCACACUGCUGACAGCAGCUGCCCAACAUCUGUAACUCAAGAGCUAAGCUUCAGAAGCCAGAACCAGUUGUCAGGUGAAAUAGAGGAGUAUCAAAAAAAGGUACAAGAAAGUGCACUUAGGACAUCAGAUUCUUCAAGCAGCGAUGUUACCAAAGCUUCCUUGUCACCAGAUGCCUCUGAUUUUGAGCACAUAACAGCAGAUAGUCCCUCGAGACCGAUUUCUUCCGAUAGCAACCCCUUUAAGAGCCCAGAAUGUUCCACUGGUGGGAGCUCGUCUAACAGCAUUAGGGAAUUGUCUCUGGCUUCCCUUACUAAGAAGAUACAAAAGAUGGAAGAGAAUCACCACAGCACAGCAGAAGAGCUACAGGCUACUUUGCAAGAAUUGUCAGACCAGCAACAAAUGGUGCAGGAAUUGACAGCUGAAAAUGAGAAACUAGCAGAUGAGAAGACUAUUUUGGAGACAUCUUUCCAUCAGCAUCGAGAGAGGGCAGAGCAGUUAAGUCAAGAAAAUGAGAAGCUGAUAAACCUUUUACAAGAGCGAGCAAAGAACGAAGAACCCAAUGUCCAAGAAGGAAAAAUCCUCGAACUAGAACAGAAAUGUGCAGACAUCCUUGACCAGGGCCGCUUUGAAAGAGAGAAGCUGCUCAUCAUUCAGCAGCAGUUGACCUGCAGCCUGCGGAAGGUUGAGGAAGAAAACCAAGGAGCCUUAGAAAUGAUUAAACACCUGAAGGAAGAAAAUGAUAAACUGAAUGGGUUUCUAGAACUGGAACGACGUAAUAACAGUGUGAUGGCCAAAAGCUUGGAAGAAUGCCAGGUUACCUUGGAAGGGCUGAAGAUUGAAAAUGGAACUUUAAAGGCUCAACUAGAGAGUGAGAAACAGAGAGUGAAGGAGACACCAGGGGAAAUGGCAGGGGGCUGUGAAGUACAAGAAAUGUUGAAAGUAGCUCAUUCUGAGAAAGAGCAACUGGAAAUAUCUUGCACCGAACUCAAACAAGAACUACUAAAGGCAAAUGGCGAAAUUAAACGUGUGUCCAGUCUGCUAAUCAAGGUGGAAAAAGACUACUCUUACUUGAAGGAGAUAUGUGAUCAUCAAGCAGAACAGCUGAGCAGAACAAGCCUGCAGCUGCAAGAGAAAGCAUCAGAGAGCGACGCAGAGAUAAAGGACAUGAAGGAAACCAUCUUCGAGUUGGAAGAUCAGGUGGAACAGCAUCGAGCAGUCAAACUGCAUAAUAACCAGAUCAUUAGUGAACUAGAAAGUAACGUACUGAAGCUGGAGGAGCAGAAGUCAGACUUGGAGAGACAGCUGAAGACCCUGACGAAGCAGAUAAAGGAGGACACUGAGGAGUGGAGGCGGUUCCAGGCAGACCUGCAGACUGCGGUGGUGGUGGCCAACGACAUCAAGUGCGAGGCUCAGCAGGAGCUGCGCACAGUGAAGAGGAGACUGCUGGAGGAGGAGGAAAAGAACGUGAGGCUGCAGAGGGAGCUGGGCAGCCGGCAGAACCACAGCAGGUGGGCCGUAGGACACGCUUCAGAUCUACCUGUAAAUGAAGAAUCAGAGUGCUCCGAAGUGGACAGUGCUGGCCGGUGGCUUGGUGUCUAUGUUAGCAGAACGUCCCCAACACCUGCAGAAUCUGUAACCACUGUUAAGUCACUUAUCAAGUCAUUUGACUUGGGACAUCCAGGGGGAGUGGGGCAGAAUAUUUCUGUUCAUAAGGUCCCCCGGAGUCCCCUAAGUGGAAUUCCAGUGAGGACUGCUCCGGCGGCUGCUGUCUCUCCCAUCCAGAGACAUUCUGCAUACAGCAGUACACAGCCAGCCAGCAAAGGAAGCACUCAGCGCCUGGAUCUUCCAGACCUCCCUCUUACAGAUCUUCUUAAAGGAAGGGCUGAGGACCUGAAGCCAGACGUUUACCUCCGGAAGAGCCCCUCGCUUGAAUCACUGAGCCGGCCCUCUUCACUGGGCUUUGGUAAUGCAAGACUGCUGAGUUCUUCCACCAGGGCAUUGAAACCACAAAGCAAACUCAGUGUGGAAAGAAGAGACCCUCUUACUGCGUUGGCCCGGGAAUAUGGUGGCUCCAAGCGCAACGCUCUGCUGAAAUGGUGUCAGAAGAAGACAGAAGGUUAUGCGAACAUUGACAUCACCAAUUUCAGCAGCAGCUGGAGUGAUGGUUUAGCCUUUUGUGCCCUCCUUCAUACCUACCUGCCAGCCCAUAUCCCGUACCAGGAACUGAAGAGUCAGGAGAAAAAGAGAAAUCUUUUGUUGGCAUUUGAAGCAGCUCAAAGUGUAGGCAUCAAACCCAGCCUGGAGCUCAGCGAAAUACUCUACACGGACCGGCCAGACUGGCAGAGCGUGAUGCAGUAUGUGGCCCAGAUCUACAAGUACUUUGAGACGUGA